AUGUCUCAACAGCACUCUUCUUCCUUUUUCGUACCUCCACAAGGACUUGACCAACUGCACAAUAUCUCUACCUCCGAGUCUCGAUCGUAUGACCGUGGGCUACAGGGGAAGCCCGACUUUCGUCGUGGCUCAGGCACACCUUUCCCCAGGGGUUCUGCCACAGAGUCCUACCCUCCGCGCAUCCAAUACGGGGUCGAACAAUCCGAUUUGUCAUGCGACGUUGGACUCUUCAAUCCAGCGAAUCUUCCUUUGUUCAGGGACCAUACCAGCCCAUAUGGUGGCUUUUCCUUCGCUCCGUCUAGCCGCAAGACAAUUGAAUCUCCACCGGUCAGCCCAAGGACAAGCCCAACGCAUUUCAACACUCGACUGGGUCACGAGAAUCAUGCUCUACCUGAGCCCGAGGACCAAGGGCCAAGUUCGAGCCACGGCUCCGACCGUGGUGCUGAUGGUGUCGGUCAUCCAAAUCCACUCGACCGCAACACCGUCCACGCAGGUUCGAAACGCAAGCUGAUGUCUGACUCCGUCGAUGACGAUGACGAUGAUGAAAUCGUGGCGCAGGCGCCACCAAAGCGUAAGAAGGGGAACGCGCUGCAGAGGACGAAUCAGGUUGAUUUUGAGAAGGCGAAUGGCUUGUUCGUCGACUUCGCCAGUGUGGAGGUCGGGGCGCAGAUUGCGGAAGCUGGCCUUCCCAAUCAAUAUGCGCCUGCUGCCGACGAGGAUGUAGAAGAAGGCAGCCUGCCACCCGACACAAUGCCCACUGCGGAGUACAUGCGCCACAACAACCACCAGAUCUCCAGAUGGAGGAGCAAUCUUCAAGAUCCGACAGAUGUAGACUUCCCGCAUGACCCCAACUCACCAGGGGCAGGCUCACCGGCAGCAAUGCAGGCAACACCGCCGCUAGAAGCGAACACUUGGGGUCCACCGAUGGAUCAAGCUGGCCCUAGCCCUGCACGCUUGUCGAAUGGGGCAAACAAUACAAACCGCAACGGAAGCCCAUUUUCCGAUUUGACAUCUAUCAGCCGCAGACGCCCAAAUCCCCGUGACCACCGGGCUACACAGAGCCAACGCGGAGAACAUCAUGGAGGCAGAGGUCACCCUGCACCUCUCCCCAACGCCACGGCAAACCCAGUCGAACCUCCGCACUUGCCGCUUCAUGGACGUGUGUAUGCCGAGAUCGUCGUUCCCAAUGGACGAUUCGAGGAGCGCAUGAUUGUUGAUCAGAUGAACUGCCAUUGGGUCUUCGAGGCUGCUUCUCGGUAUGCCUUUGAGCGUGAGAAUGGGAUGGGCGCCGUCAGUCUAGACGACUUUGUCAGGAUAUUUGGGCUCGGACGACACUACGGUCACUGGGAGCCCCGAUGA